GUGUGUGUGUAUGAGUCAGGAAAUAUUUAUCUUUUGUAUCUAUUACUGUGGUUUGAAACUAAUUAGUUGCAGUGCUGUGACAGCAUGUGAGGGACGUUUUCAUCUCUUGUAAUGAUGUGCUGCGAAAGAAGCAAUUCUGUUACAUGCUUGCACGUCAUGGAAUUACUUUUGAGCUUGAUGAGGAGAUGGCUGCAGAUGAUGACAGAGAAAUGUUUCAGGAUAUCAUCAACAAUUCUAAGUUAAGUGAAGGAUAUCUCACCCUUGCUCGUGAUAUUGAAGUUACAGAGCCCAAGUCCCCUGAGGAUAUAUACAAGGCACACUUACUUGAUGGCCGGGCUAGUGCUGGUGCAAGUGUUGAUUCAGCUAGACAGAACCUUGCUGCAACUUUUGUUAAUGCAUUUGUAAAUGCUGGCUUUGGUCAGGAUAAAUUAAUGACUGUUCCUUCAGAUUCUUCAAGUAGUGCUUCUUCUGGAAAUUGGCUUUUCAAAAAUAAGGAGCAUGGGAAGACUAGUGCUGCAGCUAGUCUGGGUAUGAUUUUGCUGUGGGACGUUGACUCUGGACUUGCUCAACUUGACAAGUACUUCCAUAGUAAUGAUAAUCAUGUCAUUGCUGGUGCAUUAUUGGGAGUCGGAAUUGUCAAUUGUAGUAUCAAGAACGACUGUGAUCCUGCAAUGGCACUUCUUGGUGAUUAUACAGAUAAAGAAGACACAUCAAUCAGGAUUGGUGCUAUAAUGGGUUUGGGUAUUGCAUAUGCUGGUUCCCAGAAUGAGCAGUUACGUGAGAAAUUGACAGGUGUACUGAAUGAUUCUAAAGCAUCACUUGAUGUGCUUGCUUUCACUGCUAUUUCUCUGGGCUUGAUCUUUGUGGGUUCUUGCAAUGAGGAAAUUGCCCAAGCAAUUAUAUACACACUAAUGGACAGGAGUGAGUCAGAGUUAGGAGAGCCCCUUACCCGACUCUUACCUCUUGGCCUUGGUCUUCUAUAUCUUGGGAAGCAGGACAGUGUUGAGGCAACUGCCGAAGUUUCAAAGACUUUUAAUGAGAAAAUUAGAAAGUAUUGUGAUAUGACGCUUCUGUCAUGUGCCUAUGCUGGAACUGGAAAUGUCCUCAAGGUCCAGAAUCUCUUAGGUCAUUGUUCACAACAUCUUGAUAAAGGUGAAACUCACCAAGGUCCUGCAGUGCUUGGAAUUGCUAUGGUAGCCAUGGCCGAAGAACUGGGACUUGAGAUGGCAAUUCGAUCAUUAGAACAUCUUCUACAGUAUGGAGAGCAGAAUAUUCGUAGAGCAGUUCCUCUGGCACUUGGUCUACUUUGCAUAUCAAAUCCAAAGGUCAAUGUUAUGGAUACCUUAAGUAGACUGAGCCAUGAUACGGAUUCAGAAGUAGCUAUGGCGGCAGUAAUUUCCUUGGGUCUAAUAGGUGCUGGAACGAACAAUGCCCGAAUUGCUGGCAUGCUUCGAAAUCUUUCAAGUUAUUACUACAAGGAUACUAGUCUUCUAUUUUGUGUGCGGAUUGCCCAAGGUCUUGUGCAUUUGGGAAAGGGUUUAUUAACACUUAAUCCAUAUCAUUCUGAUCGUUUCCUACUAUCACCGACAGCACUUGCCGGACUAAUUACCAUGUUACAUGCAUGCCUAGAUAUGAAAGCUAUUGUGUUGGGGAAAUAUCACUAUGUUCUGUACUUCCUCGUUUUGGCAAUGCAGCCAAGGAUGUUGCUGACUGUGGAUGAGAACUUGAAGCCUUUAUCAGUGCCAGUUCGUGUUGGCCAAGCAGUAGAUGUUGUUGGACAAGCCGGUCGUCCUAAAACAAUUACUGGCUUUCAGACCCACUCUACCCCUGUUCUCCUGGCUGCUGGGGACAGGGCAGAGCUGGCAACAGAAAAAUACCUUCCCCUAUCGCCAAUUCUUGAAGGUUUUGUAAUUUUGAAGGAGAAUCCAGAUUAUAGGGAAGAAUGAUGGGUGCAGAUCCACAGCGGUGAUGUUUUUUUUUUCUUUUUUUCUUUUUAAGUGUCCAAGUAGUUAGUUGCAAUGUAUGACACUGUCUAAAUGUAGAAGAAAUUGCUUAAAAUCAUUCCUUCGUUUGGAUAAAAUGAUUCAGAGAAUCUUAGCACACGACACUUUAUUUUCCAUUUAUUAUUGAGCAUAUUCUUAUACGAGCAAUCUGGUUGUGUCGACUGAUUUGAAAGCCGAAGUCUAGUGGUGCUGAGAUAUUUUUAUUUGUAAACUUUUUUAAUAUUGUUGGUCAUCCUUGUGUAAUUGACGCCUGAAAAAAAUUCAUAACGUCUUAUGCCGAUGAAUGUUUUUGGACAGGUAUAAUGCAAUGGUAAUGCUAUUGUCUCUGCUUUGCUACUUGAC